AUGCGCUCAAUUAGAGAUCUUAAUCAAAGCACGUUACAUGGAAGACCUAUUCGUGUUUCUCUUGGUACGACAAAGUACUGUAGUCAGUUCCUAAGAGGCACUAAGUGUACCAAGCAUGAGUGUAUGUAUUUGCAUGAAUUGGGCGAUUCAGCUGCAAGUUUUACUAAGGAAGAAAUGCAAGCUGGAAAGCAUACUGAAUAUAUGAAUAAGCUGUUACAAGAAUUUUGUCAAUCUAAAUCAUCGUGUACUUUGGAUUCACAAAAAGAGGAAACCACUAUCUUAGGUCCAGUAGAUUCUUCCGGGUCAAAUACAAACGAUGCUACUAUAUCCCAUCCUGUUGAAUCAAGCAGUCAUUCAAAUGGUCGAAGUCGGGUGAGAUAUGAUGGUACUUCUUCCAUGUCAAGUGAAAACUCAAAUUUUCAAAUGUUGGAUAGAUCUACAUCACAGUCAGAACAAACAUCGGAUUCAGGAAGGAAUGUAUCGACUAGAGAUACGCGUAAAUUAAGACAUACAGAUAAAGACCAUAUGAGUGGAAAUUCAGUUUCUGAUGCUUCUGUCAAUGAUAAAUCCAAAUUAAGUUACGGUAAUUCCAAUAAGUCCAACAACUGGAAUCAUUCAUCAUCUUCAUCAGAUUAUUCAUAUAGGAAACCUGCGAAAAAUUCGUUUGGAAAUUUUCAUUUUAAGAAUACGCCUGAAACAACAGACGCAGACAAGUCUUACGGUGUAGGUGGUAAAAGUGUUAAUGUACGACAUAAUCAUUCCGUACAAAAUCGAAUUGCAGUGUCUCAGUCCGCUCCAUCUAAUCAAGUAUCCACUGCUGCAGAGCCAGUUUGCACAAAUAGUAAUAGUUGUCAUCGUACCUGGUGUCGUCCGACUUCAGUGAAUUCAUCUAAUAUGCAACCACUAUUAGGAGAUGAACCUGCAGAUAUUGAUUUUGAUCCAUUUCGUGAAUCACAACAGGGUUUAGCUGAAUUGUUAGCUGCUGAAGUUGCACGCCUUGAAGUAUCUGAUUCUCUAUCCAAUCAUCGUGUAUGUUAUGCUAAUGGGUCUUCAGUGAAUAAAACUCCUUACUGUUCAACUGGUGGUGGUGGUGAUCCAGUGAAAUCACAGUCUUCUCACAUAGACACCAGAGUUCCUCAGACAACAGUAGGUUGCGAUCCUUCUCAACCUACAGGAAUACAUCCAUGGUAUCCUAAUUUAAUGUCAUACAACAGAAGUAACAAUGAUGCAGAUAAAGUAUCCAAUGUGAGUUACAAUAAUUUUACUAGCCAUUAUCCACCUCCUGGUUUUGAGGAAGCUGUAAAAGCUUAUGAUCAGGCUUCUUCUAACAAUCAGUUUUUGUCAUCUUCUGCACCUGAUCCUUUAAGUCCAGCCUAUCCAGAGCCAAAUUAUUCAUGCCCUGAAAAUUUUGGAUGUAACAAUAACAAUAUACAUAAUACAACUGGGUCUUUACUACAAUCUACUGCAUUUUCAAGAAAUCUACCUUCAACAGACUCUAGUAGUGGAAAAUAUACAGCAAACUCUAUGUCUUUAGAGAAUUGGCUCGAAGCUAAACGAAUAUCUGAUCAUAUAAGUGCAAUGUAUCCAGACACCUUCUACUCACCAAUUCCUCCACCUGUACCUGAUGUUAACAACCAGGUAAAGGGUGAAUCAAUUCCACAGAACUCUAGUCAGUUUAUGAACAACGUAUUUACUGCUGUGUUCAAUGCUCCCGGUGUAACAAGUAAUGGUGCAACCAGUAUGUAUGAUAAAUCUGCAGCAAAAUCUUCAGCAUCUAUGUUCGAUCUUAGUCAACUAAUUAAUCAGCUUUAUUGUCAAUCCUCUAGUUAUUCAGAAACAAAUACACAUCCUCCUAAUGAUUGGUCAGCUAGAGUCAGUAUGCCUUUAGGAUGUACACAAAAUGAAGUUGUAGAUUCAUCUAUGUGUUCUAGUUCAGCAGCGCCAAACCCGAAUAUUUUCAUCCCUGGAAAAUAUGUAUCUAGGACAGGUUCUUUCCCUAGUAAUAAUGAAUAUCAACAACAUCAGAAGAUGCUGUUUGGCAUAGUAAGUAUCAAUACUUGA